AACAACAAAUCACAAGAAUAUGCUUAAAGAGUGGGAAUCAAUUUUGCUCCUAUAAGAGUUGACCAUUAGAAUAUUGAAAAGGAGAACUUUGUUGUCAGUUUGGCAUUAUCAUUUAUAAGUCAACUUGAGAGCAUUCUUCAAAUUCUAAAUCCAUUCAUGGCGACAACAAAUGAGAUGAAAAACUUCAUUUCCAAAGAUCAAAUGCAGAUCACAAUUUUUCCACUAGAAAUCAUCAUAGAGAUACUUUCAAGAUUACCAGUCAAAUCACUCUUCAAGUUCAAGUGUGUUUCAAAAUCAUGGCUUUCUUUAAUUUCAAGCUCUCAUUUUGCUAAAUCCCAUUUAAAGAUAUCAUCAAGAAACAACAAAUUCUCACACAAAAACCUCCUUUUACUCUCCAUGUAUCUUCCUCAUACUCUAUGUUCUUGCCCCCUUUAUUCUGCACUGCAUGAAAAAACCAUUUCUUGUAUUAAUAAGCUAAAUUUCCCUUGGAAUCCAUCCAACAUAAUAGCUGGUGUUAGUCUUUGUAAUGGAUUGUUCUUGAUUUGCAUUGGCAUGUACAAUAAUAACCUGUUUUUGUGGAAUCCAUCUACUAGAAAAACCAAGAAAUUGCCUUUUUCUGGUAAUGAGUAUUCAAGAUGUGAUGUUACUUAUGGAUUUGGUUAUGAUGAGUCUAAUGAUGAUUAUAAAGUGGUUGAAAUAAAUGGAGUUUAUGGUAUUCACUAUGUGUAUGGUGCCAAUCUCAAGAUUUAUAGUUUAAAGUCUAAUUCUUGGAGAAGGAUGAAAAAAUAUGGUGAUGCACUUUUUUCCCCUGAUUCAGCUGUGUUUGUGAAUGGAUCUCUUCAUUGGGCAGUGGCACAUAAUGAUGGAGUUAGUACUUUUUGGGAUACAGUUUCACUUAAUUUGGAAAAUGAGCAAUUUGGGAAUUUAUCAUUACCUAAUUAUGAUCCUGGUAAGUGUAAUGGCUCCUCCUCUAGACAAUUAGGAGAUUCAAGUGAUUUUGAACCUGGGAUUUUGAAUUGGGCAUUAGGAAAAUUAGGGGAUUGCCUUUGUUUAUUUUGUGACUAUUACAAAGUUAAGUUGGAUGUAUGGGUAAUGAAGGAUUAUAAGGCAAAAGGGUCUUGGACUAAAUCGGUUUCCCUUCCUUAUACAACGGGAAUAGGGCCUCGUAUUUCACCAUUGUGGAUAUCAGACAAUGGCGAAGUGUUAUUGCACGAUGGAUCACAUGUUAUGGUGUAUGAUGCAAGCAAAGAUGAGUACAAACGCGUGGAGAUUCAUGAGAUGGAUGAUAAUGGUGUUGGAGCAGCAACCGUCUAUGCUGAGAGCCUCGUUUCGCCUGAUCUUGACGGUACUGCAAAUACGCCCGAGCUGAUAUUGUACUAGCUGCAAGAAUGGCAAAAUACUAGCUAGUACUUGUGUAUUCUUCUUGUGUUGCAUUUGAUGAUUCUUUUGGUGUUUUAACAUGUUUCAUUUCUGUCUUAUUGUAUCAUGAAUUGUCUUUGACGUCCAAUUCAUUGAAGAUAUUGUCUUUGACAUCUAAUUCAUUGAAGAUAAUCUUCAUUUUGAGAUUUUCUGAAAAUUCAACUUGCUAAAAUGUUUGACAAAUCUGAAGUUACAUUGGAAAAGACAACAAAUUACUUAAAAUCUUUCAUAAGCGACGUGAAUUGAAUCCGCCAGGAGAAAAAAGUCCAUUUCCUUAAGUGCAACCUCCCAAACAAUCAAACUUUCUUCAUGUUUAUGGCUUUCAUUUG